AUGGCGGUGCAGGAGGUCCACGAGCUCUUCGACCCGUUUAGCGAUGACGAUGAGUCGCCUCAAGACAGCUUGGAGCGCGCGAGCGCACCAGCAGGGUCUGCCACCACGCUGGGUAAGCGCGCUACUGUGUCGGAUGGCGCUAUGCAGAUUGGUCAAACAAGCAAGCGUUCUCGGCCCGCGUUGGAUCAGGACGCGCUUAUUGUGGAGAAAUUAAGCUGUGACCCGGAGCUGUUAGAGCGGUUUCUAAGUAUUCGACAAGAGGCGGUGUGCGUCCGAGACGCUGCAGCAGUCCACGAAGGCAGUGAGAGCAAGCUACCGCAGGCGCUUGCAGCACCUUCUCCCCGCAAGAAGUCAAACACGGCAUCCAAGUACGAUUUCAACCCGCGCGAGGAGCAACAAUUUGUGCAUGAUCGAGUGACGUCUGCCAAGCACAAAGCUUGUCAAGACGACCUGAUCCUCUGCCACAACACGAGGCACGACCCCUUCUUCUCCUUCGAGGCUGCGAAAUGCCACUUGAUCAGGUCCCAGCCGGAGUACCUUCGCGAAGAACGGCAUGCCCAUGGCCAUGUCGACUUGCUCCGGCCGUAG